AUGGCUCACACGAACGCAAUGUUCACAUUGGGAAAAUUUGUGGUCGAUCAUUCAGUGUACCUAGGUCGCCCUUCGCGAGGUUGUCGCACUUGCAAAUCUCGGCGCAUCAAGUGCGACGAGACACGGCCGGCCUGCCAGAACUGUGUCAAGACGAAUCGAGAAUGCCCGGGCUUGCCAGAGGAAGUCGAUCUGAUCUUCCGUACGGAGAAUCCAGCAACGAGAAAGAAGUCGAAGAAACCAGAGCGAAAAGGCAGCGAUGAUGUUGAUGUUUCAGAUCUCGUCAAUGGGUUCGAUCAAGUGCAGCAAAAGGUUCUGCAGAGCCAGGCAGCGAAGAGUACCCGAUCUUCAAGAAAAGGCAGUCCAUCGAAAAGUGGCUCGGGAAAGCGUUCUUCUCGUGGCUCUAGAGUCGACCUCACCGGUCAAACUACGUUCAACCCAGCCCUAGAGGAGCAGGCGACGACGUUCUUCUUCAACAACUUUGUCUUGACGCCUCGAAGCAAAGAGACAACUCGUGGCUUCCUUGAGAUCCUCAGCCCUAUGAUGCAAGAUGCUCAAGAAGGUUCAGCACUUCAUUUGGCCACACAAGCGGUUGCCAUGUCCACACUAGCCAACUGGCCAGGCCGAAGGCAUCUAAUGGCAAAAUCGCAAAGCCUGUAUACUCGGGCUCUAACCGCCAUACAGCACGAUAUUCAAUGUCCGAAACAGGCUGUCAGCGACUCGACAUUGUUGACUGUGCUCAUGUUCUCCAUGUAUGAGUCUGUGACAUCAUCCGAACAUUCAGUCCAAGCCUGGGCCAGGCAUAUAGAUGGAGCUGUGACUAUCGUCAAAGCACGCGGGACAAAGCAGUUUGACGAUACUCGAUCGUUGCUACUGUUUCGUGCCGUGCGGACACAGAUGUUGACCAGCUCCAUCCAGCAAAGAAAGGCAAUACCAGACUUCCCAGGGCCUCGAGGCUGGGUGAGCGAUGCUGAAGGCGAGAACACAGCAGCUUCGAGCUUGUUGGAGUUUUCCGUCCUGCUGCCAAACAUCCUGGCGAAAGCCAAGAACCUCUUUGCGCUAGAUCAGGACGGCGAGACCAUCUCCGAAGUGACUGCUUUGCUACAUCAAGCACAUGAGAUGCAACAAGCAUUACUUCAAUGGGAGUCUCAGAUGCCAGCGCAGUGGUGCUACAGCUCCGUAGCCAACAUCCCGACCCGAGCAAAAAUGGACAAGAUCGAGGAGAUGGAGACGUGGCCAGGCGUCCUGCACAUCUACAAAGACGUUCAUGUUGCUUGCAUCCGAAACAACACUAGAGUCAGCCAGAUCUUGUGCUCUUCGGUCGUCAUCGACGCACUCAAAUGGUUGGAUCCGCUGCACUUCCAAAUGGAUGAGAGGUUCACAUUGGCGAAGAUGAGGCUUCAAUCACUCGUCGGUGAUAUCUGCUACAGUGUGCCUUUCCACCUUUACGGUCCAGAUGUGGUGCACAAGAUCCGGCCGAAUGGCCAGAUCCGUAAUCCCGGACAAGCCCUUGGUGGCUACUUCCUCAUCUGGCCACUCUUCGCCGCCUCAAGUAUUCAAGAUAUCCCCGACUUGCAAAGACGUUGGCUUCGAGGUAGGCUACAGACCAUUGCUCGCCAGUAUGGUCUCGACCAAGGCAACAUCAUGAGCUCCAUCAACAAGGGCCGUUCUGGCGCGAGCUGGACCGACAAGCUGCACCUGGAUCAGGACGAGUUCGCAUUUCUUGAAGAGCUUGGCCUCACGGAUGGGUCGUCUUCUUUGUCAGAUAGCCCAUUUGAGCGGAUGGAGUUGAUGGAGGUUGCUUGA